AUGGCCGACCCGCCGGCUAAAGCACCAUCCCGUCCUCCCUCGGACGAACAAGCUGAAGGCAAUUCCAUCUCCUCCCUGUACACCACUGACACAGACAUCUUCCCGCUCCCAUUGCCAACACUCACAACCACCCCAAUCCGCCAUCACCACAGCUGCCUCGCCCUGUCCAUCACGCUGAUCUCGCACCUCACGCAAUUCCUCCGGCGACACUUCAACCAUGCAGCCACAGAUGAGGAUCAACCACCACCACGACCAGCCCGCCGUCAUCGGGGUCACGGACUCUUCAGCAUCGGCUCCGGCACCGGGGUCCUUGAAGCGUUGCUUCUCAAGCGUUGCCAAGACGAGCAACGACAACAACAGCGGCAACAGCAGAGGCAGAAACAGGAUCGCCGGCAGCAGCAGCAUGGACAGCAGGGAGGCGAGCGGCGCCAGCAGCAGCAGCAGAUCCAAGUCUUCGGCGUCGAAGUCCCCGCCCCACAUGGAGACAGGGACGGUACUAAUGGCACGCCACACCUGAAUCGCUACCUCCGCGCGUGCCGAAGGGUGGUGGUGGGCGGGACGUGGGAUGUUCUUGGACCGGCAGAAGCGGAAGCUAGGUUUUUGGGGGAGGAAGUGCGCUAUGGUGGUUCUGGUGGUGGAAGUGAUAGUGGAGGGGGGGCAAGGGAUGAUGGGCACGAAGGGAACGAGGAUAGAGAGUCAGAAAUAGGCGCUGAGGGAUCUUCUGGCGUGGACGCAGAUUUGGACGUGGAUAUGGACAUGGAUAUGAGAGUUGAGAGUGGUGUGGAUGUAGCGCUGCUCUUCGUUUACCCACGCCAACCCACGCUCCUGCAGCGGUACCUAGACGCGUGGCUAGGCGUAGCGGAGGGAAUGCGGUCUACAGGCACCGCGGAAGAUCAUGAGAGCGAAAGAAUGGGGUACAACAGGACCACCGAGGGCAGGAGUCGGCGAGUGAACCUGACGAGCCUCGUCUGGGCGGGCCCCAGAGUGGACUGGGCGGACUACGAGGGUAUCUUUAGGGAAUUGCAGGUGCGAGGAUGGGUAGUGGAGGAGCGCUGGGGAGCGGAGGUGGGUGUUGCGGAGGGGGAGGGCGUGGUUGCUGCUGCUGCUGCGAAGAAGGACUUCGUGACGCUGUGA